CCAUCUGUGUUGGCCAUGAGAAGUACACAUGCUGCUUCUUUAAAACAUAGUAAAGCAGCUUCUAGUGUUGAUGCUGAAAUUGUGGGUGGAUCCACAAUAAGUUCUCAGGCUAUGCUGAAGCAGGAGGUUUCUACUGCUUCAUCAAAAGGCACUACUAUUAAAACAGGUGAUCGAGUAAAAUUUGUUGGUAACUUCCCUUCUGCUGUCUCAUCAAUACAAAAUCAUCCUUCAAGGGUGAUGUUACUGGGUGGAAGAGCGCCAGAGUAUCUUGCUCAUGAUCCUCUUGUGGCACUGGUGAUCAAGCUUUUCAGUUCUGGAAAAGCACUUGCUUCUAUUUGCCUCGGACAGUUGAUUCUGGCGGCUGCAGGUGUAGCUAAAGAUCACAAGUUUACCGCUUUUCCUCCUGUUAAACCAGCACUGGUUGCCUCUGGUGCUCAUUGGGUUGAACCAGACACUAGCAACAGUGGUGGAUGGUAAUCUCAUUACUGUCGCCACUUAUGAAGG